AUUCUCACUGGGGAGGUGCCCGGUGAGGAGGGCUCGCCCCCUGAGGAAGGAGCUUCCUUCUGCUCCGGGGAGCCCGGGACGGCGGGAUCCGCUCCCGACCCCGAGGCGGGCCCUGGCCAGGUGCGGGGAGCAGGGGGCAGCUGGAGAGCGCCUGGCCGGGCUGGCUCCCGAAACCUGCCCUGGUCCGAGUCCCCUUGGGGUAAAACCGGGGCUACCUCACGACAGCGGCCUCAGGUUCCCCCUGACAUACGUGUAAACUACCAAAGAAAACACUGUCGUGUAUACACAGACGCCUAUAAUCGUCUGUCAGAAGUUACAGUUUGAAGACAUAAAGUCGUGUUCUCAAAGGGGAACCAGCAGCUGGAGCAAAUACGAAGGAAUGCGAGGAAAAUUUCUCUUUCCGCAACGCCAGAUAUUGUCAGCAAACACAGCUCCAGAUAUACCUGUUAUUGACCAAGCUUAUUCAAAACUUAGCAACAGUAUCACAGUGGAAUGGAGAGCAGUACCUGGGGCUACUAAUUACAUGCUGACUGCAGAAGAUGGAGAUUCCUUCUUUGAAACCAUAGUAAAAAAUUCUCCAGGCACAGUGACGGGACUGAAGCCUGCCACGUUGUACCGAAUCACUGUCAGAUCUAUAAAUUCAGGAGGAAAAAGCCAGCCUUCACCUUUCAGAAAAGUAAAAACAGUCCUGGCUGCUCCAAUUCUGUCUGUUCAUUCUCCAAGUUGUGACUCCAUUGCAGUGAGCUGGAAAGCUGUGCACACAGCAGCUGGGUUCUCUGUGUCACUCAUAAGAUCAGAUGGUUUGGGCAGAAUGCUGAAGCAGAACACCACCAAUACCUCCUUGAUAUUUACAAAUCUAGAUCCAGGAACUCUCUAUACUAUCAAGGCUUAUGCCUGGAAUGCCAAUGGGAUGCCUGGAGAUGAUUUCACAUAUAACCAAAGAACAAGUCCUAAUGCACCAGUGGAUGUUAAAGUAGCUUUCAAUAGUGGUGCUUUAAGAGCUGUUGUCUCUUGGAUGCCAACAGAAGGAGCUCUAACUUACAGUGUCACAGUCACCAGUGGACUCCUGAAACUGAGGUGUAACACAUCUUCUGCCUCCUGCGUGGUGCCAUCCCUCCAGUGCAGCUCUCAGUAUUAUGUGUCUGUCACAGCACACAAUGAUGCUGGAUCCAGUGAACCUACUGAUGCAGUAAGCUUAAAAACUGUUCCUUGUGCACCAGUAAACAUCUCAAUUGAGGAGGAUGAACCUGGUCACCUGCUGGUAUCAUGGUCUAGCGUCAGUUUAGGUCAUUAUUACGUGGUUUUUGUGAAGAGUGAUGAUGGCUUGGAAGUGCACUGCAACACAUCAUACACUCAAUGCCAUUUCCAGUCCGACUGUGGUUUCACUUAUUUCAUUAGUGUCUUUGCAUAUAACAAGGCAGGGCAGAGUCCUUUAGGUGAUGUAUUUAAUUACACUACUGCUCCUUGCUGCCCCAGUGACUUCAGGGCCGCGUUCAUGUCAAGCGACACGGUGCGGGUCACCUGGGCUCCUGUGCGAGGCGCUGACCUGUACGAGACGCGAGCGGCGGGCGGCAGCGGCGAGGUGCUGUGCAGGGACACGGCCACAGCCUGCACGCUGUCGGCUCUGCGCUGCAGCACCCCCUACAACAUCACCGUGUACUCCUUCAGCGAGGCCCGGGGCAGCAACACCUCCUGCGCGCCUCGGCACGUGGCCACAGCUCCCUGCAGUCCUGAAAUUAAAAAUAUCUCAAAGGAGGGUGUAUCUGUAAUCAGUGUGCAGUGGCAGCCUAACAAUGAAGAAGCUACAUAUGUUGUCACUGCCAGAGGAGAGGCUGGACUUUGGCACUGCACAAGCACCAGGAAUUCCUGUACCCUAAUGGAUCUUCCCUGUGGAUCUGCUUUCUCUGUAAGUGCUAUAGCAAGAUCACCAGCAGGACAGAGCUUACCAAGCUACAGUAUCCCUUUAGAGACAGCUCCUUGUUGCCCUAGUGACCUGACACUAUCACAAGUGACACAGUCAGUAACCAAUAUUAGCUGGUCUGUUGGGAAGGGUGCACAGACAUACGUAACAGCACUGGAGUCUCCAAAAGGACAGGCAAAGUGUCACACACUUCAGACCUACUGUCUCCUGGGAUGUAUCACAUGUGGCACCAACUAUACAGUGUCUCUGAGAGCCAUUAGUGAGACGGGUUUGGCAUCCAGCUGCACCUAUCAGGGAUAUUCUUCCAGUGCUUGCUGCCCUUCUGGGGUGAAGCUCUAUAGACUCAGCAACAAUGGCAUCAGGGUGUUCUGGCGAGCUUCUGAUGAAACAAUAAACUACAAGGCUGACUUACAUGGCUCAAAGAGCAAUUUCAGCUGUACCCCCAGCUCGGGUCUGAGUUACUGUGACAUCACCAAGAUACCUUGUGGGGACGUCUACACUGUGAUGGUAGCUCCAGUGACUGACAAGGGGCCAAAGCUCACAUUUUGUCCUAAGAAAAUAUAUUCAGUCACCUGUUCUGGAAGCUCUGUUGGAAUGGUCAUUUCUAGAGGAAAGAGCAAUGUAAAACACAUCUAGAUGAAAUUCUGGUUCAGAUAAGGAGUCUUUUUCCCCCUGAAGCUGGAAAGACACAUCUGUGCUUAACUGCAACAUUCACAGCUGCUUGAGGACUGGGAGCAGGAAAGCUGAACCCCUAGCCAUAUCUGAGACCUAAUCCAGGCAGGACCUCCUCUCAUACUCCACAGUGGUUACUUUUUCAGCCGACUUUUAAAGUAAAGUUUAAUGUCAAUGGCUCUACAAACACGUGCAAUCUAACACAGUCUUCAGAAGCUCAUGUGUACAAAGGUAUCCAAAGACUACAGGGUUUUUAGAUCUAUUUUCAUUAUUCAUUUCACUUAUAAAAACAGACACUAUCCGUUUUGGCAACUGCCUUUCUUCAGAGAACACAUUAGGCGUUAGGUCAUCUCAGCCAAUACUUCUGAUCACUUGUGCAAGGUCUCAUGGGAAUCUCACCCUUCAGUAGACGGCCAAAAAAUUAUAUGCUGCUUCUUAAAACAUGAUCUGCCUUUAGUCAUGAUGAAACAAGACUUUCUUUAGGAAACAUUAUUUAAAAUUGCCCUGCAUUAGUUAAUAGAAAGUUGGUUUUAUUUCUCACUUAAUAAAAAAAAAAAUUAAACAGCCUUCUUCCUUGAGGGUUCUAUUUCAGUUAUUUCUUCUUCACAGACAUUAUUGCCAAACACUGUCACCACAGUGUGUUUAACUGGGUUUUCAGACAUCUAAAGCAAUUGGUUUCUUUUUGAACCAAAUUCAAGCCGCAAACUACUUCUUUACUCCUAAGCAAUUCUGAUAAUUCUAUGCUCUAACAGUAACUCUAACGUACUUUAAGCCAUUCUAAACUGUUAGUGUAUGUUUUCUUAAUUCUCCCUGGCAUACAGACCUUAACACCUCAAUUACACAUUACAAACAAUGUUGUAGUAUUAUUUUCAUCAGCUCCUCUCCCUUUUGUCACUGAAAAGAAGUAUAAUUGUAUCAGAAUGAAUUAUUUGUAUGUCUGUUGGGGGGAAAAAAAGGCAAAAAGCUGAAGAGGAGUCAUGAUUUCAAGAAAAAACCACAUUGAUUCAGCUCUAAAAAAGUGGGUAGCAGAUGUAUACAAUUACCAAAACAGGGAGGAAAAGCAACACAAAGAAACUGAGCCAGAUACACACCUCCUACUAUGGCAGUGUAUAACUUCAAGGUGUUGUUAUUCAGGCAUUAGACAUUGUCUAAUAACAAUUAUGUAACUGUUAACACUGCUGAUAAGUGAAACAGCACUGGCAUUCUCUGAGCUGAUUAAAAAAUAUGGUCAGGUUCUCUCCAGACUGAGGUAAACACUUUUAUGGGUCAUGGUGACUCCACAAGAAAGGACAAUUAAAGGUCAUGUUUUUAUGGAUGCUGUUUCUUUACUAUUUACUUGUAUGAAGCUCUGGACUUCAAGAAGCACAAAAAUCCCAAGCAGUAAAAUUCUCAACCAAUCAAACAAAAAAAUCCUACCAAGAAACCUGAACAACCCAACCCCACAGCCUCUUGAAAGAGGACUUGAGAACCAAGAAAAUUCCUGUUGAAGGCUUGGAGGUAGGCAGCACAUGGAUAUGCUAAAAUGCAAGCUUUAGAACAGUAUCUGUGAAAUCCUGUGGACUAACAAAUGAGGUGAUUAAAACCACCUACGUUAUUUCACAGCAGCAUUAUUUAAUGCU